UAUUCAACCAGCAAGUUGCAACCCCUGCGAAGCUGCUGGCAACAAGCUUAAAAGCCCAUAUAUUCCUCGUGCUUCUUUAACUCAAUUAUUCAGCUUCAAACAAAGAGAUAAUAAGCCUCAGCCUCUCUUCUUCUCUUUCCUUCGUAUAACACGCCUGCAUAUUCAACUUGUCGCUAAAUGCAGAGGUAGAGAGAACCAACGUCGACGCGAUUGGGUUUCGAUAAGUUAACUAGCUUUUUCCGAUCUGUUUGUUUGAGAUUUCUUUUUUUGAAGGAGAAUUAUGGCUGGCUCGCCGGAAUUUGUUGAGUUUGGUGGCCGGAAGGCAGCGAAGUCGGCGGAGAAAUCGAGUUUCUCGCAGACGUGUAGUCUGUUGAGUCAAUACAUCAAGGAGAAAGGUAGUUUUGGAGAUCUCAGUCUUGGGAUGACAUGCAGUGCUGAAGGAAAUGGAAAUGGUACAACAGAGUUGCGUCAGGCAGCAACAACAAUGAAUUUGUUUCCAAUGAGUGAGAAACAAGUUGAUGUUUCCAGCAGAAACAUGGCUACUCCUCCUCGGACUAAUUUUAGAUCCAUGGAUUUGUUCCCUCAACAAGCUGGCUUUUCUCCUUCUGCUCCCAAGGAAGAUGUGCAAAAGAGUCUUGACCCAAGUGUUAACAAGGCUGCAACCCCAGAGCCUCAAACUGCACCAAUGACUAUUUUCUAUGCUGGACAAGUAAUCGUGUUCAAUGAUUUUCCAGCUGAUAAGGUUAAGGAGGUCAUGCUCUUAGCUAGCAAGGGAAGCUCCCAGAGCCUGACGGGGUUCCCUUCUGUUCCUGUCAAGAGUCACCCUGUCUUUGACCCUAAUGUUGCUAAAGCCCCUGUUGAAUCCACCAGUUCAAUUCCUCCCAACUCGAAUCCUGUUCCUAGUUUUGGCAAUAAUUUGAAUCAGGAGCGCGUGCAAUCUCCCUCUCAAACCAUUGCUAGUGAUCUACCAAUUGCAAGGAGAGCUUCCCUUCACCGGUUCUUGGAGAAGAGGAAAGAUAGGAUCACUGCAAGUGCAAGAGCUCCAUACCAAACAAGUCGUGGCUUGUCGGCCUCUCCAUCGAAGCCAGCUGAAGGCAAGCCGUGGCUCGGCCUGGCUGGUCAAUCUUUGCAGUAGCACCGAUUGCUGAUUAUGUAGAUUUUUAGAUUUUGCAAUUUAGGCCUCCUUCUAUCUGGUAUUUUUGUAGCAGGUUGAAUCCUGCUGUUUCCUUAUGGUUGUUUUAAGCCAAGGCUUUUCUCAGGCCACCGUAGACCUAACCUUUUUAUCAAUCUUACUAUUUCAUUCAUGUAAUUAUUUUUAUUGAAGAAGAAAAAGGGUUCAACAGCUAGAAGAUGAUUUGACUGUACUAAUCAUCUCUGUUUUGGGUACAUGAACUUGAACCGGUCAUCUGUAAUUGUUUUACAGGAAUUUCGCAUGAAACACGAAUUCACUUCCACUUUUUAA